UUUUUCAGUUCAAUUGCACGUUGUUUUUGUUUAUUGCAAAAAAAUUUUUUUUAAUCAUUUUUUGACUUGAAUAAUUUUUGUAUCACUUUACACUGAAUUUAGAAUUAAUCGAAAAACUUUUUACUCCAAAAUGUCUGUAGAACCAAUUCAAUACUCCGAAAAAUACUGUGAUGAUAAAUACGAAUAUAGACACGUUAUAUUGCCUGCUGAUAUUGCUAAGCAUGUUCCAAAGUCACAUUUAAUGACAGAAACUGAAUGGAGAAAUCUCGGAGUUCAACAAAGUCCUGGAUGGGUACAUUACAUGAUGCAUGGUCCAGAGCCACAUAUUUUGCUAUUUCGAAGACCAAAAAUUGUUCCAGUUAGAAAUGGACCCUCUCAAUCAGAUCCUCAAAUGAUUUCUUGUAAUUAAAACUAGAAAAUAGUCUUAAUUAAUUUUAAUGAAUAGCUAUUUAUUUUAUGUGGAUGCGGAUGUUUUAGAAUAAUCUUUUUUAUUCAGGAAAAAUAUUUAUUUUAAAAGUUUAUAUUAAUGAAAUCUAAAUAUGUUUUGAUGUGACUAUAUUUUGUACUGGCUAAAAAUAAAAUAAUUUAUUUGAUAUACACGA